ACUCACGCACUCCCGCGCCCUCGCUGAUCCCGCGUCGGAGCUCCGCCACGCGCGCCUUGCCAGCCCGCCGGCCGCCCCCGCCGCCCCCGUGCCCCGAUGGACUGAAUGAAGGCUGCCUACACCGCCUAUCGAUGCCUCACCAAAGAACUAGAAGGCUGCGCCAUGAACCCGGAGCUGACAAUGGAAAGUCUGGGCACUUUGCACGGGCCGGCCGGCGGCGGCAGCGGCGGGGGCGGCGGCGGGGGCGGCGGGGGCGGCGGCGGGGGCCCGGGCCAUGAACAGGAGCUGCUGGCUAGCCCCAGCCCCCACCACGCGGGCCGCAGCGCUGCUGGCUCGCUGCGGGGCCCGCCGCCGCCACCGCCAGCGGCGCACCAGGAGCUGGGCACGGCGGCAGCGGCGGCAGCGGCGGCGUCGCGCUCGGCCAUGGUCACUAGCAUGGCCUCGAUCCUGGACGGCGGCGACUACCGGCCGGAGCUCUCCAUCCCGCUCCAUCACGCUAUGAGCAUGUCCUGCGACUCGUCCCCGCCUGGCAUGGGCAUGAGCAACACCUACACUACGCUGACGCCUCUCCAGCCGCUGCCGCCCAUCUCCACCGUGUCGGACAAGUUCCACCACCCGCAUCCGCACCACCACCCGCACCACCACCACCAUCACCACCACCAGCGCCUGUCGGGCAACGUCAGCGGCAGCUUCACCCUCAUGCGCGACGAGCGCGGGCUCCCCGCCAUGAACAACCUCUACAGCCCCUACAAGGAGAUGCCUGGCAUGAGCCAGAGCCUGUCCCCGCUGGCUGCCACGCCGCUGGGCAACGGGCUGGGCGGCCUCCACAACGCGCAGCAGAGCCUGCCCAACUACGGGCCGCCGGGCCACGACAAAAUGCUCAGCCCCAACUUCGACGCGCACCACACUGCCAUGCUGACCCGCGGUGAGCAGCACCUGUCCCGCGGCCUGGGCACCCCGCCCGCGGCCAUGAUGUCGCACCUCAACGGCCUGCACCACCCGGGCCACGCUCAGUCCCACGGGCCGGUGCUGGCGCCCAGCCGCGAGCGGCCACCCUCAUCGUCGUCGGGCUCGCAGGUGGCCACAUCCGGCCAGCUGGAGGAGAUCAACACCAAAGAGGUGGCCCAGCGCAUCACCGCGGAGCUGAAGCGCUAUAGCAUCCCGCAGGCGAUCUUCGCGCAGAGGGUGCUGUGCCGGUCUCAGGGGACUCUCUCCGACCUGCUCCGGAAUCCAAAACCGUGGAGUAAACUCAAAUCUGGCAGGGAGACCUUCCGCAGGAUGUGGAAGUGGUUGCAGGAGCCUGAGUUCCAGCGCAUGUCCGCCUUACGCCUGGCAGCGUGCAAGCGCAAAGAGCAAGAACCAAACAAAGACAGGAACAAUUCCCAGAAGAAAUCCCGCCUGGUGUUCACCGACCUCCAACGCCGAACACUCUUUGCCAUCUUCAAGGAGAACAAACGCCCAUCUAAAGAGAUGCAGAUCACCAUUUCCCAGCAGCUGGGCCUGGAGCUCACGACCGUCAGCAACUUCUUCAUGAACGCCCGACGCCGCAGCCUGGAGAAGUGGCAGGACGACCUGAGCACAGCAGGCUCUUCAUCCACCUCCAGCACUUGUACCAAAGCAUGAUGGUAGGACUCUCAGCUGGGCACAAGUCACCUCCAACGAGGACAACCAAUACCAAAAGAAAACACAAAGGAAAAAGACACCGGAUUCUUAGCCGGGGCCCUUCACUGGUGAUUUGAAAGCACAAUUCUCUUGAAAAGAAACUUCUAUUCUAGCUGUAAUCAUAGGCCAGGUGUUCUUGUUUUGUUUUGUUUUGUUUUUAAUGGCUAUGGAGUCCAAGUGCAAGCUGAAAAUGAAUCUCUUUGAACCGGACACUGUCCUCUGAGCAUGCUAAACAUCCCAUAAACUCAAAUGGGGCCUUCCUGGAGCAAGUUCAUUUCAGGGUGGUGUCAGCCAAGCUCCGGAUUGCUUAAAACGCCAACAGUCCCAAUUCAAGUCCUAUCAACCUCUUGCAGUCAGAGUUCCCACAAAUAACAGUGGGAAUUUGGCCUGAGUUUGGGCUCCGAAAAUGCUACAAUGAGAUGAGAAUCUAGCAACCAGAAUGACCUCAUUUGCUUUCCAAAUGCUUAGCCUCAUCACACCAUAGUACACCAAAGUUCACAGUGAUGACAUAAAAAAAAAAAAAUCAGAUUGAUAAUUACUGAGCACAAGUUUUAAAUAAGGAAGUUUUAAAAAAAGAAAUCCAAGGACCUGUUUUUUCAACUCAGGCAUCUUUUCAUUGAAUGGUUUAAAACGCUUUAAGUUGAUCCAGUUUACAAUUUUCUUUUCCUUACCUCCUGGAAAUCUCACUUGGUCUUGGAUCCAUCAAAACAACAAAUCAGUUCACUUGAGCUCAAAGUAUCAAGCACAACGAAGAUAAGCAGAGAAGUAAGGAAGGUUCUGGAUUUACUGCAUCUGGAUAUUCAAGAUGCCGAUUGUGAAGUCAUUAGGGAAUCGUUGGGAAUAUGGCUUCAAGCACAUUUUGCAGUUUGCUACAAAUUCUGUUUGUACAUAAUGCAGACGCACACUCAGGAGGCCAAUUUAACUGUUACGGUACAUGGAGCAAAUGCAGCAUUUUAAAAGAUCUAGAUUUUUUUAGAUCAUUAAUGUAUCCUUCUUGGUUGUUAGUCACCUGGUUCCUCCUAUUGUGCAUUCUGACCACCAGGUAAUUCAUUCUCACUCUUUCAAAUUUGGGUUGUUCUCUCCUCCAUCCCAUUGGUAGGGACAUUUUCAGUGUUUUCUAGCAAGAAAAAAGUAAUUCAAACCGCCGUACAUGUUAUCACGACUGUCAUCUAGUCCUAAAUCUCUUCCAUUGUUGAGUCAUCCUAGCAAAACAGCUGAAUAAAACUGGAGAAAACACAGCACACCAAAGAAGCAGAAUACUGCAAACCAAAGACAUUUAUUACUUGCCAUUUUCUAGCCUAAAAAUACUGUGAUUACUUUUAGAAAUCAGAAAACCUCUGCAACUCCGAAUGGCAUUCAGCUCUUGCAUUUGGCUCACCAUCAGGCUGAGCGGACCGGCUACGCCAAGGACGUUAGCCAUGCCACCCAGGGAGUGGCUUUGCCAUGCCAGCUCUGGUUCCUGGCUGUCACCUUCCCACAGCAAGCGGGAGAGCGCCCACAGAACUCGGGGAGAUUGCGACGGUCACUAUGUGCAUAUUUACCAGUGAAUGGCCCCAGGUGGGCAUCAUGGGGGUGUUCAAAGCAAGGCAAACGCUGCAAUGAUUCUUGACAGACCUUUGAGACUGACUUUUUUAUGAAUUACUUAAUCGAAACCAAAGAAACUUUUUCUGCACCUACUUCUGCAACAAACAGAACUGUCCCAUUAAGAUGAAUAAAUAGGUAAACACGUAAAUCAGUGAAAAUCACCACCAACAAGAAGGAAGCACGCCAGAAAAAAACAAAAACAAAACCAAAAAAAAAAAAAA